AAACAGUUAACAACUACUAUGGACUUUUACAAAAUGUCUGAAAAAAACAGAAAUGAUCAAAAAGUUUCAAUAUCUUCAAGAAGUAUUCAGUUCAUGAUAGCAAUAUUUGGAAUAUUUUCAUUUACACUAGUCAACAUCACAGUUAUUGUGAGACAAUUUCAUCCAAAGUGGAAAGAUUCCCCAAGUUCUAUGAUAUUGCAAACUGGAAUAACUCUGUUUGGUUUCUUGAUAAUCAUAUUUCUUGUUGUAAUAAGUCAAUUGAAUGUGAGUGACUAUGUUUGUUGAAUCAUACACUGUACAUUGACCUGAUUUGUCUCUAUCCAGUAACCUUCGGUGAUAGAUGGAUCAUGGAUCGACUGAGGUGAGACAAUGACACCGUUGGAGACCGGCUGAAUGGUUUGGUCAUUAGUGGUGCACGCGACACCGAGAGUUCUGGAUUCGAGUCCCACCCACAGAACCGUUGGUGCACGCUCUGCUGAGGCGUUCGACAGUUGGACGAAACGGCUGUCCAGUGCUUCCAGGUUUCUAAUGGUGGUCUAGCUUCGAUCGAUUUAUGAAUUCAACUCUUAAAUUAUAUAUAUGUAUAUAAUCAUGAAAUAGUUUCUAAAUAGACAGUGAAAUUAUGUGAACUGAAAAACGACCAAACUGAGAGUUAAUAAAAUAAAAUUUGAUUAUAAUAUGGCUGUUGAGUUUGAUCUCUAUCGGUGGGGUUGUAAAAUAUGUGAUCUUCAGUGAUCUGACACCUAAAGGAGACUGUUGUCCAUAGCUUCGUAGUGUCCAAUAGGGAUUUAAUUUAGUAUCAUUACUACCAGUAGAUUGUUUUUAAAAAAUCUCAUUUUAAUAGUUGACAUUAGAAUUACUCAAUAAUAAUGAAUCGAAUGAUUUGAUGAACUCUUAGGAAACCAUAACAUUAAUGAAUUUAAGUCAACUUAUUUGAAUAAAAAGAGCUUCAAGGAAUACAUAUGUUUCCAAUGUGCUUUUUCUUUCGUUAGAAAACGUCUGAAAUGUUAAUAGAAGAAGAGAGUAAACAUGAAUCAAUAGAUAAAGUAAGUUUAUUGAUGAGUGAAAGUUAAAUUUGUGUGCUGCUUCAUACAUUCGAUCACUGUUUUUAGUAUCUUUACAUAUAUGGAGUUCUAAGGUCGAAUUCCCUGCAAAAUUGUGUGCAAAUUAUGGAUCUGGCGGUGUAAUGGAAGGAUUUUAAUACUCAGCAGAAUUACUUCAACCAAAUCAAAGGAUGAAAUGACAAGAAAAUCAUCUACAAAAUAAACUGUUCCCAAUGAAAUAAACAUUAUAACUGAUAAAGUGGCCACCCUCUUCAUUUACGCCUGCAUGAACAUCUACUAGCUGUUUAAUUCCAUGAUGUAUCUCCGUUUUCAUCAGUGUAUGUGGAUGAUUGUGGAUAUACGCUCGAUUAGGAAAGUCUUAAGAUUUUGGAUAGAGGAAAUACUAACAAGACCACAGAAUUUUCAGAAUCUUGACACUCAGACCAAUCAGAAAUCAGUAAAUACAUAAAAACCGCUUCAACUUGGUAACAAAUUAAAUAUAUCGGGGACAAAUAUGGGGUCGAGAAUCAGAUCAAAGAGAGUAACAAUCAAAAUAACCAUGUAAACAACGACAGGUCAUCAGUAACUAUUUAAAAUCAAGGUCAACAGGACUAGCCAUCAAUUGUAUGUGGAAAAAUUCAAGUACCUCACUUCUCGUACUGUUACGGAUAUGAGGGCUGGUGUCACUUCCCGGCUGUCCACACCGUGGAAGGGUAUUUCUUGAGGAACAUGAAAAGGAAUUUGGAUUAAUGUUGGCCUUAACAGCCUGGGGGCGUGACCGAAGAGCCCAUGGGACAACUGCUUGAGGCCGGUCGCGCAUGGCCUUUUUUGGGGAGAUUUUUGACGUGUUAUCUCCGUUCUUCAAAUGACCUUACCGCCGGAGACGGAUAUCCGUGAGGUAAGGUGAGGUGUGACAUUUUUAGGGUCAACCUUUUCUAACCUCCUCCUUCCUUGUGAGAAGGCAGCAUCGCUGUAGAUGCUGGUUGUCCGAGGGAAACACCUUACUGCUGUCACACCCCUCUACAGUCAGCAGUAUGACUUCGCCUUCAGACCUUAAGUUACUACUUUUAGUCUUACCAUUCUCCAAUCGACCUGUCUGGCAUGGUAGAACCUACAGGUACAUAUGUUCCAGUCAAUAUAGUUCGGUUGGGUCAUCACGAUAGGCAAGCCCGACCACCGCGUCAAGGUAGCAACUACGGUCGGGACCUCACUUCUACCGGAAGUUUGCGCUGAUGAUGAUGUAUGGAAGAAUAAUCAAAGCUCCACGAUUAAACACUCCAGCUCAGUGAACGAAACUCAACCACAGGUUAUAUAGUGUAAAUGCUAAGAUUACCAGCAUACAUAACAUCAAUAUGAGUUGAUUAAAUGAAAAGCUUGACAAUAAAUUCGUUACACAAAGGAUCCCUUGUUUGAAGUAUAUAUACCUUUAGUAUUCCUACAAAAUACAAAAUUAUAUCUUCAUAUAUAUUUAUAUAUUUCAUUAUAGGAAGUAUUGGCUCGUCAAGAAACAAAAGAUGAUACAUACAUAUUAUCUGUUUAAUAUUGAAUUUAUUCAAGUAAUUUAAUUUGUUCAGUUCAUUUCAAUGCAUUAGGUAUCUUAACAACGGUUAUCAUCAUGAUUUAUCAUAUUUAAUAUUUUAAACAUUUCAUAAACAAAUGAAUUAAUAAACUCCCUAAGAAUUCACUAUU